AUGGAGUUCACAGCUUCAUCUGUUGGAUGUGGAACUGGUUUAUCAAAUAUAAAUUCUUAUAGAAAUAAUUUUAAUUUCUAUACUUCAGAUUCUCCUAAUUCAUGGAUAAGAGCUGAUCUAAAAGGAUAUAAAUUAAGACCAAUAUCUUACAUUCUUCAAUCAACACGUGUAGAAACUGAUUCUCAUUUUUUGAGAAGAUGGAAGUUAGAAGGAAUCAAAGAAAAUGGAACAACUGUGAUAUUAGAUAAUGAUAAAUAUUAUGCGUUUAAUCGAAGAGAAAUCAAAGAAUUUCCACUUCAAACAAACGACUAUUUUGUAUCUUUCAAAUUAACUCAAACAGGAAAGAAUUCAAGCGAUGCUAACUUUUUACAAAUUAAAGUUUUUGAUUUCAAAGGUGAAUUAACAAAAAUGUAA